UCGAAUUGAAGAACCAAAAAUAAUGUGCUAUUUAAAGAUACUGAACAGUAAAAAUAAAAAUUUUUUGGAAAAAUAGACAAAAGCAUACUAAAAUAAAAGUUUCAAGCUCGAAAAUGAUUUUUAGUUUUUAAGAAAUAAAGGCUAAAUGGCCAAACUUGGAUCUUUGAUACUGAAACAAUUCCAUGUGUAUAUACACCACAAUCCUUCAAACUGCGCACCGAAUUUCUUUUCAGACUUGAAACGCACUUCUAAUCAACAAAUCUAGAGCAGUAAUAAAUUAAGUUGACAUGCAAUUUAAUAAUAAUGAUGCUCAUCCCGUUCCAUCACUUAGCUAUCAUGUCUGGACGACGAAUUUGAUGAAAGGAUUGCUUCGCAAAGGCCAUCAUGUACACGUAGUAUUCGAUAGUUUGAUGAAAGUAAUGGAAGAAUCUGAAGAUUUUAAUCCGGUUGAAUGGGAACAAUAUAGUGCACUAUAUAUGAUGUAUUCUGCAUAUCAAUGGGGAAUUCAUGCAUGUGAUGCAGUGGUAAAAACUAAAGCUGCGAAAAAGCUUUUGGAAAUUGGGAUCAAGACUGUUGAGUUUGAUAUUAUAUUACAAGAUAUUACAUUAAAUAAAUGUUUAUUCAGAUUGUGGGAAAUUGCUAAAAGUAAACCACCCAUAGUAGGAUAUAUUCCAUUUAGCCCUGCACCUUGGCUCAAAGAUCUUAUAGGAGGUCCAAGUUAUCCAACUGUUCGACCUUAUGCAUAUUUACCUAUUGCGAAACCCAUAGAUUUAUGGCAAAGAACAUGGAAUACUGUAUGUUUUAUUGUUGAUGAUUUCAUACGACAUUACUAUUUCUUGCCUAUUAUGCAACGGCUUGCUGAGAAAUACGUAGGUCAUGCAAUUAGACCAUUACAUGAAAUAGAAAAAAACGGUAUUGUACUACUCAAUAGUCAUCCUGCUGGAAUUCCAUUGUCUCCGAACAUUUUGGAGAUUGCAGGACUGAAUGUUCAGGCCAUAAAACCGAUUGAUGGCGAAAUAGUCAUAACAUAUCCCGAAGAUAUACGCGCAUUCCUUGAUGGAGCAAAAAAUGGAGUUAUCAUAAUAUCGUUAGGAACAAAUGUGAGAUGGAAAUUUAUCGGAUUAGACAAAAUUAAGAUUGUUUUAUUAGCUCUAUCGAAAUUAGAACAACGAGUAUUAUGGAAGCUAGAUAUUGAAGUGCCAUUUGAAAUACCAGAUAAUCUGAUGAUUGUAAAAUGGAUGCCGCAAAGCGAAGUUUUAUCUCAUAAGAAUGUCAGAGCAAUUUGGACUCAUGGUGGUCUUCUCAGUACACAGGAAGCCAUUUGGAAAGGUGUACCAAUGAUUGUAAUGCCUUUCUAUGUAGACCAAAAAUUCAAUGCACAAAAAUUAGUAGCUAAGGGUGUUGGAAUAUUCUUGGAUAUUAAAACAUUGUCCACGCAGACUGUAUUACAUGCAGUUGAAGAAAUACUUUACGAUGAAAGAUAUACAAGAAACAUGAAAAAAUUAUUUAGUGAAUUCCGAGAUCGACCAAUACCACCGUUAGAUUUAGUUAUUUGGGGUAUUGAAUAUGCAGUCCGACAUCCAAAUGGGACUUUAGCAACCCCACUUAGAUAUCAAAGCUGGAUGGAACAAAAUCUAAUUGAUGUUUAUGCAUUUUUAUUGCUUAAUUUUACUAUAAUAUUGUUAAGUAUAUUCUUAAUAAUAAAAGUAUUUAUUAAGUUUUAUUAUCGGAUAUAUACCACAUUUAACAAUAAAUUACAUAAAAGGAAACAGGCUUGA